CCACAGAAAACCUGCCUGGAGACACUGAAGUGUUGUGGAAACGCCAUGAACCCGAAUACAUGAAGGUCCACGUGUAUGAGAACGGUUCUGACCAUCCUGACAAACAGGACAACCAUUACAAAGGUCGAACAGAGAUGAAGAAAGACCUGCUGACAUCUGGAGACCUCAGUCUGACCCUGAAAGACCCCAAAGUGGGAGACAGUGGGAAAUACGGCUGUCAGGUCAACAGCAAGGAGGCCUGGAGAUAUAAGAGGUUGUGGCUCACAGUCACAGAGAAUAAUCAGGCCAAGAAACACACAGAAGACAUCAGGAUCAGCUCCACUGAUCAUUUAGUUUGAUAUGUUUGUUUGAUUAUUGAUCUGAUCUGUACGAUUUAUACAUUAGUCUAUAUAAAAUAUGCACUGAACUAAUAUACCCAAGAAUUCAUGUAAUAAACUGCAUUUAUAGAUCCAUUUUCUUCUUCUUACCCAAUUCAGAUUCAGGAGGGUGUCGUGGCAGAUUUC